AUGACAACUGUUGGAAGCAAUGAAAUGCCUCCGAAAAGCAACGACAAGUUAAUCUCUAGGGUUGAGGCGUCUUUCAGGGCCCUUUACUAUGGAGGAGCCUCCGGUUCGAUUCCAUUCACUUGGGAAUCAAUUCCGGGCACUCCUAAGCGCCCUUCCAAUUUUUGUGACAAUUCUAAUAUUCAUCUUCCUCCACUUAGUCCUCCACCCUCUUAUUAUACUUAUCAUUCUCCUAAAGUACAAACUACAGCCACUUUCAAAUCCAAGCUUUGUUUCAGGUUUUUUAGCUCGGGGGUUUGUGGUUCGAAGAAGAAGAAGCUACACCCGUCUUCUUCGUUUGCUUCUUCUGUUUCUCCAAUGUGCUCUUAUUACGAUGAUCAGGUGCCUAGUUAUCGUUCUACUGCCUCUUUGGUUGGGAUUUCGGGUUAUGUUUUCCGGUGGGGGAGAUCUAAGUCGGAGGUUGUUGGAAGAAGGUAG